GUAUUUCCAACUUGGACUUUCACUUCUACUAAUUGGGUGGGUUGGCCUUCCCUCUGAACGAAUCAAAUUCCUCUUCAGCAUCAAUUUCAAGGGCUGGUCUGGCUGUAGCAGGGUCAGAGAACCCAGCAGAACAGAGCAAGUCAGACUAGCAGCAGCUGAAAUCUCUGUGAGGGGUAAACCAACUGCAAACACCAUGGAGGACCAGCGAGACCUCAUCUCCAACCAUGAGCAGCAGCCCAUGCUGGGAGGAAACGCAGGAGGACAACAACGGUCCUGCAACCAGGGAGCCUUCUACACUGGUUUCUCCGUGCUGAUGGCCCUGCUCAUUGCUGGACAAGGUGCGACCAUCUACUUUGUGUACCAGCAGCAGGGGAGGUUGGACAAGCUUACUGUCACUUCCCAGAACCUACAGCUUGAAUCUCUGAAGAUGAAGCUCCCUAAGCCCUCCAUUCCAGUGAACAAACUUCGAAUGGCUACACCCCUGCUCAUGAGGGAGCUGGAGCCCGAGAGCCUCCCACCUAUGGAUUUGACCAAGAUUGGAAAUAAUACCAAGGACCAAGUGAAGUACCUGUUACUGCAGUCUGACCCCAAAAGGUCUUUCCCUGAGCUGACCAAGAGCUUUCAGGAGAACAUGAAACAUCUCAAGAAAAACAUGGAGACCAGGAGCUGGAAGGAUUUUGAGAACUGGAUGCAACAGUGGCUUCUGUUUGAGAUGAGCAAGCCCAACGAAAACAAACCUGAAGAAAAAACUGAGUCUUCUCAGAAAGUUCUGACCAAGUGCCAGCUUGAGGCGAGCCGUGUUCCUCCCGUCCACCCGGGCAUGUUCUGCCCCAAGUGCGACGAGAAUGGCAACUAUGAGCCUCUUCAGUGCCAUGGCAGCACUGGCUUUUGCUGGUGUGUCUACCCCAAUGGCACCGAGGUCCCCCACACCAAGAGCCAUCAUCGCCGUAACUGCAGUGGUCCCUUGGAAGGUGAGGAGCUGUUUUCCUCUGGACUGGGUCUUCCUAAGCAGCAAUGAUCUAAGAGAAAUAAGAAAUGCAACAGCUAAUCAAACAGUUCCAGACCUACAAACAGCACGGCUGCCGCUUCAAUGCUCUGAUUAGUUUACCCAACCCCAGGACCCACCAAUCUGUCGAUCCUUUCCUUGUCUUCCCUGGCCCCUUUUUGUCAGAAACCCCAAAUCCCACUUUCUCUGGGGCCCAGGUUAGAUCCUCAACUUGGUACUCAAGAUUGAACCACCAGCCUAUGAACAAGGGGCAGGGUUGGGACAACCAACCUGCUCCCUUGACUCAUGAUGAAGUGAAUCCUCCCUCUCCCCGCCAGCCCUCCAGAGCAGGUACCAAACAAUCUACAUUUUGGGUUUUGGGGAGAUGUAAUCAAGUCAAACAGAUCAACUUCCCUUCUCCAACCCAAGACCCUUCAUUCCACAUCCUACUCCUGUUUUUCUGUAGCAGUACACAGCAACGCCAAGCUUCUUAAUCACAUUAACUGGGGAAAGGUUGGGAAGGGGGUGGGGGUGUGUGGGCAAAUUUCUGUCCUUUUUCUUGAGUAUUUCUGUCUGGCUUAUGGCUCUCCCUCACCCUAGCAUCCUCCAAGUAAGAAGCUAUCUUUAUUUGCUAUCUCAUUUGCUUGUAAGAAACAGAAGUUUCACGUUAAAUAAAACAAGGUAGGAAAUGGAAA